UGUACUGGGAGCUACUGCAUUGGGAAGAGAGGCCUCUAAGGGAGUUCUUACACUACCCAGCCCAGAGCGAGUGGCAUCGCAAAGAAGGCCUCAGUCGCAAGGUCAUCCACUACUUCAACAAGGGAAAGUGCUGGGAAUACGGGGUACCCUUGUGCAGAGAGCUGGCUUUCCAGUAUGAGACAUUAUACGACUACCAAAGCCUCAGCUGGAUAAGGAAAAUGGAAGCUGCUUACUAUGACAGCAUCAUGGAGCAGCAACGUCUAGAGCCAGAGUUCUUCAGAGUGGGCUUCUACGGACGCAAGUUCCCCUUCUUCCUAAGGAACAAGGAGUUUGUCUGCCGCGGUCAUGACUACGAACGGCUUGAAGCCUUCCAGCAAAGGAUGCUGGGAGAAUUCCCACAAGCCAUUGCCAUGCAGCACCCUAAUCAACCAGACGAGGCCAUCUUACAGUGUGAUGCCCAGUACCUGCAGAUCUAUGCGGUGACGCCGGUUCCGGAGAAUGUCAAAAUUCUCCAAAUGGACCGCGUUCCAGACCGCAUCAAGAGCUUCUACCGUGUCAACAACGUGCGCCGCUUUCGAUACGACCGGCCCUUCCACAAAGGAUCCAAAGACCGAGAGAACGAGUUCAAGAGCUUGUGGAUCGAGAGGACUACGCUGAUCCUCACACAUCCUCUUCCUGGUAUCUCCCGCUGGUUUGAGGUGGAGAAGAGAGAGCUGGUGGAGGUGAGUCCUCUGGAGAAUGCCAUCUGCGUGGUGGAGAACAAGAACCAUGAGCUGCGGACCCUGAUCAGCCAGUACCAACACAAGCAGCUCCAUGGCAACAUCAACCUGCUGUCCAUGUGUCUCAAUGGGGUCAUUGACGCUGCCGUCAACGGGGGCAUCACCAGAUACCAGGAGGCCUUCUUUGAUAAGGAGUACAUCAGCAGCCACCCAGAAGACACAGAGAAGAUCACUGCCCUCAAAGACCUCAUGCAGGAACAGGUUUACAUCCUGGGGGCGGGGCUUGCGGUCCAUGACAAGCUGGUGCACCCUGAAAUGCGUCCCCUGCACAAGAAGCUGAUAGAUCAGUUCCAGAUGAUGAGGAGCAGUCUCUAUGGUCUGCCGGGACUGGACAAGCUGAGUCCUGCCUGUUCUAGUGUCAGCACCACAAGAGGCAUCCUGGCUACGCACAGCCCCAUGAGCCCUGACAGCUUCAAACUCAUUCACAGGCACAGUCCACUGAAUCUGCUGGGGUCUAUCCGCCAGUCGUCCUCCUCACUGUCCUCUCACACCUCCAGCGAGACGGGUAACCUGGUGAUCCUGACGGACAGCAUGGUGAUGGAACACCCCGAGGACGUCUACCGUAUGCAGCCCAGUCCUUCGUCCUCCAGUCUGAGCUCCACCCACUCAGCCCCCUCCCAGAUGAUGAACUCUGCCCCCAACAGUAUCAGAGGCUCCCCGUCGCUGCCAGAAAAAUACAGACACAACCGUGAGAUGUUGAUGCUGCUGCCUCUGCACCGUGAGAGACCCAGCUCUGCUAUGUACCCCAACAUCACUGAGAACGGACAGCCAACUAACUUCCAGCGAGCGUUGUUCCACCAGGUGAUUGGUCCGUGCAAGCCCUGUAGCGACCCUAACCUGUCUGUAGCGGAGAAAGUCCUGACCACCCCCAGCUCCUGGAGUCUGGACAGUGGUACCAGAGAGGCGUUGCCGUUCCUGUCCACCCACGUUGGGAGUGUGAUGGCCCCCCCAGUCCCGCCCCGUAGCCUUCCCCAUGGACACUUCUCCAUGAACUUUGAUGCUUUCCACCACCAGAACAGCGACCUCCCUCCAGCUCUCCCUGCACGCUCCUCUAUACGAAAGUCACCCCUGCACCCUAUACCUGCCUCGCCCACCAGUCCCCAGUCCCAGUCCGGUCUGGAUGGCAGUAACUCUACCCUCUCUGGCAGUGCCUCCUCCGGCGUCUCAUCCUUGAGUGAGAGCAACUUGUUGGGCCAGUCCUGCUCCACCGAGGCCCCUGGAACUACCAGCAGACACCCAGCAGAGGCCCACGCCCUAAACAUCCAGAACCUGCCCCACUACCACCAGGAGCCCCCGCCCGCCCUGCCCCCAAGCCCUACCUGA